GAACCUCUCCGGCGAUGCGUCACACCGGACAUGAGACGAUCUUAGCCCCAUCCGCUAACCUGUUACCCCACACAUUGAAUUUGAUUCGCUGCAGCACGGCGCUUUUCCGAAGAGCUUGUCACUCCUUGUACAUACUUAAUCACCUCAAGCAUUACUCAAGCAUCAUUAGCCGUUUCCCCAGCUGAUGCAAAGACGCUGCACAAAUGGCCUACCCACUCCUCCGAAGUUCUCGAACCCUUCAAUCGGCCCGCCUAGCCACAUUCCACCCGCGGAUACAUAUCCGCAGUCUAUCCACCAUCGUAUCGACAUCAUACCCAUUUAACCCAUGGCACACACUUCACCAACCUCGAUUCCAAAAACCAUCACAAAAUAACAUCCUUCCGCACCAACCCUGGCAUCAGCCCUUCAGCACCUCCCCAACCACAAACAUGUCAACAGAACCCCCACCAAAAAAAGACUGGUCAGCAACCCAAUACCUAAAAUUCAACAACGAGCGCCUCCGUCCCGUCUACGACCUCAUAUCCCAAAUCCAACCCAACAUUACCAGCUCAGCCCCCCGUAUAUUCGACCUAGGCUGUGGACCCGGAAAUAGUACAAAAGUCCUCCUCGAUGCGUUUCCCUCGGCGCGCAUCACGGGCAUGGAUAGCAGUCCCGACAUGUUGAAGAAGGCGAACGCGGAGUUCGACGGGAAGGAUGGUGUGGAUUUUUUGAGGGGAGACUUGGCGACGUUUAGGGUAGACGGAGAGACGGAUGUACUAUUUAGCAACGCGGUGUUCCACUGGCUCCGCUCUUCGGAACGCAUACCCACGCUCGUGCGCCUGUUUUCUUCGCUGAAAAGUGGGAGCGUGAUAGCGAUCCAGGUACCGGAUAAUUAUCACGAACCGUCGCACCGGAUGAUGCGUGAGACGGCCCUUCAAUCAGGGAAAGCGUGGUCAGACGCCUUUUCCGGGACACAGAUUGGGGAUUUGAAGGAUACGACAAGACCGGAUCUGGAUCCGAUUGAGGAGCCGAGUGCGUUUUAUAACGCUUUGGUGGGGGAGGCGAGUUUGGUCAAUGUGUGGAGGACAAAGUAUAUGCAUGUUCUCAAGGAUGCGGGCGCGAUUGUGGAGUGGGUCAAGGGGACAGGGUUGCAGCCUUAUUUGAAUAAGAUUGAGGGUGAGGGGGCGAAGAAGGCAUUUUUGGAGGAGUAUGAGAGGGGGUUGAAGGGCGAGUAUCCGGAGUUGGUGGAUGGGAAGGUGCUUUUGGGAUACCCGAGGUUGUUUGUGGUUGCUGUUAAGAAAUAGAGUUUUGUGGAGUGAGAGUUGCAUCAGCGACAUUUAGAUCUUACGUAGACCAAAUGCUAUGCUAAACUGAGUCUG